GGUCCCAAAGAGACAGCCGCUGAAAUUAAAAGGCGCAAGAACAAGGGGAUGGAAAUCGACGAGAAGGCUCUCUUUGAUCCCAACGUUAUAUCUCCUGGGACGGAAUUUAUGGUGCGAUUGCACGACUUCCUCAAGAAAUUUAUCGCCAGCCAAAUCACCUCCGAUCCGGUCUGGCGUCGCAUCGACAUUAUCUUUUCGGGUCAUGACGCGCCUGGUGAAGGCGAACAGAAGAUACGGGAGUACAUGUCGUAUCGACGUUCUCUGCCGGACUACAAACCAACUGAGCGACACUGCCUGUACGGCAUGGAUGCGGAUUUGCUGUUUAGAACGUUGUUAUUAACUGUAGAUAUUCUUGGGCCUAGCCACCCACGAACCGAAUCUCUGCAUUCUUCGGGAGAACGUGUACACAGUCAAGUAAAGUGGGCAGUCGAGGGUCUGGCCAGGCAGCUGUCAUCUUCCCAGCCCUUAUCGGUUACCACGCGCACUUCACUCUGUUGCACACUUUCCCCUCUACUCCCCAACGGUAGUUCAAAGGUCUCAAUCUCUUAUCACGUCUUCCAACCUCCAACUUGCAUCUUUCCCCCUCGCACUGCGUACGCGACGAGCGACCUGUCUUUGAAACCUCGGCUGAGCAGUCAGUUUGACGAGGAGUCCUGGAAAGUUCAAGCUCUGCGUCUCAGGUCGAAGGAGCCUUCCACAACGCUUGCACAUCACUCUGGGGUCUCCAACCUCGCUGAUUGGCUACUCGUAGCGCCAAAGGACGGAGAGCAGACAUGCGAUGACAGGCACAUUGCCGUGCAUUCACCCAUGGAUACGAAGGACUUGCGUGUAUCUCCGCGUCCACAGGACAUCCCCUUCUGCCUCAUCCACCUCUCAGUCCUGCGCGAGUACAUCGAGCUGGAAUUCAAGUGUCUCGAGUCCCAGUUAUCGUUUCCGUAUAACCUGGAGCGCAUAAUCGAUGACUGGAUCUUCCUCGGCUACCUCCUGGGGAACGACUUCAUUCCGCAUUUACCCAACAUGCACAUCCACGCUGAAUCCUUGACUACGUUGUGGGAUGCCUACCAAGUCGUUCUUCCUCAACUAGAUGGCUAUCUGCAUGAUUUUGGGCAACUCAAUCUGGAAAGAUUUCAUGUCCUUAUCUCGGAGUUGGCUAAGUUCGACCUGAACUGGUUUGAAGACAGGGCGGCAGACCAGCGGUGGAUGCAGGGUAAGCACGGGGCCCGGAUGGCGAGAGAGUUGGAGCAGCUGGGCAAGGGCAGCGCCAAGUCAAAAACCCCACCUUUGGCCGCUGCCGAAGCCAUUGCCCCGUUUUUCGGUGCCUGUGAUGACGCCGUCCCGCAGGACUGCGCGCUGGGGGAUUCCACCAAGUCGCCGCUUCCUACUGGCAGCAAAGACAAUGUGGACACGGAAUUGGCCGAGUUCUUUGGCGAACUGACUGCUGAAGGCUCCGUCAACAAAGAAGAGUCACAUGAAGCAGUCGAAGCCAGUGUCUUAUCUGAUGGCGAAGGCGAUGAUUCCGAAGACAGUGAAGAGGACUCCCAGGAGGAUGAGGAGGAGGAGGAGGAGGAAGGGGAUGGCGAUUUGGAAAACCUGGGUGAGAUCUGGCACGACAAAAACGGCGACUCCGUCAAUGCAUUUUCCGCAGAUGAAGACUUCGACGAAGACGCCGUUGCCUACCGCAUGCACCGGCAGUAUUACUACGCGGAGAAACUCAAAAUUGAUAUCCGCGGGGAGUCCAAAGCAGUCUCGAAGGACUUUGUGGAGGCAGCCUUGCUUCCGAUUUGUCGAGAGUACGUCAAAACGCUCCAGUGGGUGCUGGAUUACUACUUCACCACUGUCGUCGACUGGAAGUACUUUUACCCCUACCACUACUCGCCCUUCGCUUCUGAUCUCGUCAUCUUUACCAAAAGAUUCAUCAAAGGUGGCGUGGAUUAUGACAAUCGCGAAAACUGGGCCGGCUUCACGCCCAACACGAAACCCCUGCUCCCGUUUGAACAGCAGAUGUUCAUUAUGCCACCCUCGAGUGCAAGCAUCCUGCCUCCGCCUUACCGCUGGUUGUUGGCGACUUCGGGAACUCCAGUGUCGGAGUUCUUCCCGGAAGACUUUGAGACCGACAUCAACGGCAAAUUGGCUGAGUGGGAGGCGGUCGUGCUGAUUCCCUUCAUCGAUGAGGCAAAGAUGCUUGCUGCUAUGGCCCCGUGUACCCAACACCUCUCGCCCGUGGACGCAAAGCGAAACGUCCAUCGAGGUCACUUGCUCCUCCUGGCAAAAGACAGGCCUCGCUGCCUGUCCCCGGGGCUCGCCUUUGAAUCCCUGUUGUCGGAGGAGGUCGACGGCGAGUUCUUCCGUGCCCACGUUCUGCGCGACUCGAAGCGAUGCAACGAGGUCUACUGCAGUCUGCCUCGCCGCAUCGACCCCAGCUACCCAAGCCUUUCACGGAUCCCCUUCACGUUUGAGGUCAAGCGCGUCGGUGUGCAUACGUUCUCUUUCCCAAGCAAAUCGGAGAGUCUUCUGCUAACCGUGGAUCAUCCGGCCGGCCGGACCGCGCUUGAACCAGACAGUCUCAAAGUCUUGGCCAGGCGCUAUCUGGGCCGGGCCGUUGCCACUGGCUGGCCGUACUCGCGUUUCGUCACACCGAUAAUCAUAAUGGACGAAGAAGAAAUAUGGGAGGUCAGCACACAGGAAAGUCGAACGUCAUCCUCUCGAAUCGUCAACAGAAGCGCUCUCCGUCGGCUGGAUGAAAGCGAUCCGGAGUUGCCCUUCUGGGCGUCCGUGCGUUGGCUUCGCUCCCAAGCUGGUUGGACCGUCAACCGACUGAAGGAUCGCUGUGCGAUCACCUUCGCGGCAAGCCAGCCGCGCGCUGCGCUUAUCUGCGUCCCCACCAGUGCUUCCAUGUUCACCCUGGUGGUUCCGGACAAGCACAAUGGAGUGCGUGCUCCGACGGGGUGUCCGUUGGCGUGUGGUGUGUGGGCACAUUCAGACGUAUUUGUCCAAGCAUUUAGGAUGUGGACACGCGUCGCCGUGGCCGAUACGCCACCAGCCGAAGCCGUAAGUGAUCCUUCUCGAGUAAGGCCACCUUUUCACUCUCCCACUAGCCAACCCUCUCACUUUCGUCUGCGUCCCCUGUGCACGCGUCUUCCCACCAUCACGAAGCAGACAACCUUUGAGCCCGCGGGUUGUCGGCGCGGCGGAACUCGGCCUGCCAACAAGCAGUGCCUCACGGCCGACGCGAACCAAAGUCUCCGACUGGGCCCCAAACUCUCCUUGGAGAUCCUCGAUCUGACCGUCGACGCGGAGAGUUCGUCCCUGGAGCGCUCUUUUGAGGAACUUUUCCCGUCGGCUUCUAAUGUGGUGAUUUUCGGUGUGAAGAGGAAACGUUUCGGGUUGUUGGGGGAGAUUGCCGGCAUCGCGAAAAACGGCAAACUCUCGGUACAACUUUAUCCCGAUCCACCUCUCGCCAAAGAUCCGCAAACCGUCUCUCUGACUGCUCUGGAGGCGGACGAAUUGAGCUACCUGACGCUGUCGGAGAUGUCGCGCGAGCUCUGCCUCACGGUGCACAUCAUUCGCCGUCUCGUCGACGAUUUCAUGGUCCUCGUCCCGUCGCCCACCCCUGACGGCGGCAAAAAGGCCAAAGAACGACCAAAUCGUGCCAACAUUGGCUUGGGUUUGCAGAUGCACCGCAACUUUGCUGCUGUUGUCGGUUGGUCGCGGUUCUCCCAGCUGAAGAAGACGUGGGUUUACUCGCGCCGUGUUGUGGACGCAAUAGCCAAGUACUACGAGCUGUUCCCUGAGGUCGUCGACUUCAUCGGCCAAUGGGAUCCCAUGAGCGCCAUCCCCGAGAUCAGUGCUGUCUUCCCCACGGACACUUUCCACCGUUUCACCCAACUGCGAACGUUCCUUCGGGUGGAGGUGAAGAAGAACCGGACCGUCACCAACGCCGACGCCCCACUGCUGGACAAGGCGGGUCUCGUGGUUGUGGAGAACUCGCUCCUCCCCGGCACUACUCCACCCGCUUCCACGGACCGCAUCGUCGUUGAAGUCGCCCCAUGCGAUUUGUUUACGGUCCUGCCUGAAGGAGGUCGCCUUGUUCCUCGGUUUUACAUUGACUGGUUAAAAACCUGGGAGAAGGAAAUCGAUCGCUUUAGCCUCCUGGACAGGGUUAUCUACGUGGGACCGCAACACACCAUGUUUGGACUGGGCGGUUUUAUCAUCGGUGUCUACCCAAUCCUGGGGCAGGAGACUAUCGAAGUCAUGUUCGAUCGCGAGAUCGAGAAUGGCAUUUCUAUCAGGUGA